AUGAUCACUAGGUCUAAAGCUCACAUCUCCAAGCCUAAGAUUCCUACUGAUGGUACCAUUUUCUGGCCUCUACCGAAAGCUCUCAUUAUCACCUCCUCUGUCUCUAUGCCUCGUUCAGUCUCCGAGGCUCUCAAAUCACCAAAAUGGCAAAACGCCAUGGCCACCGAGUUUCAAGCUCUCCUUGACACCCGAACAUGGACCUUGGUUCCACUGUCUCCUUCUCUCAAUGUGAUCAGUUGUAAGUGGAUAUUUCGCAUCAAAUUUUCUCCCUCUUGUUCGGUUGACAAGUUCAAAGCCCGACUUGUUGGCAAGGGCUUUCAUCAACAGGAAGGUGUUGAUUUCUUUGAAACCUUCUCUCUAAUUGUUAAACCAGUCACAGUCCGUGUGAUUCUCUCUAUUGCUGUCUCCUGA